AAAACCCUACAAGCGUAACAGAGACGUCUCUGCGGCAGCUGCUAAAGUCGUCUCCGUCCUAAUUUUCUCCUCGAUUGUUCUGGUUUUGGUGUUUGCAAUGGCAACACAGAACAACAAAGAGAUCUUCUUGAGUGGAUUAAAGAAACUCUUCAAAGAACAAUGGCAACCAGAUGUACUACUCAAGGCAGGAAACAGUGAUAAGGGUGCAACUAUCUCCGCCCACAAACUUGUUCUGGCAUCAAGAUCAGUGGUGUUGAAGAAGAUUAUGGAAUCAGACGAGUUCAAGGCUUCAUCUAAGCUAGAGACAGUCACUUUCUCCGAGAUGAAACACGAAGAACUUGAGGCUUUAGUUGAGUUCAUGUACUGCGUUGAUGGCUGUAUUUGUCUUGAAAGUCUCAAGAAACACGUAGGAUCACUCUAUCUUGCAGCGGACAAGUAUGAUAUUCCGCAUCUGCGUGACCUAUGUAGAAAGCAUCUUAUAUCAUCUCUUAACUCCUCCAACGCUCUUAACACCUUUGAGCUUGCCCAAAUCCCUUAUGACAAGGCCCUUAACGAUGCGGCUUUCACUACUAUCAAGAACAAUAUAAGCACGAUCGCUAACUCUGCUGAGUUCAAGUUGUUUGUUGUCAACAAUCCAUAUCUUUCUGUUGAGAUCAUGAAGGCUUUUCUUGUUGAGCCUAAUAAUUAUUGCUGUGGCUAUUGUGGUAAAUACCGCUACUAGAGGAAUCACGACUAGUUGCAAGGUUUUGCCGGCUGUUCUCGCAGAGUGGAUGCAGCUAAACUAAUAGUAGUAUAUCAAGAUUUUAAACCUAGCCUGAUGAUCCUUCUACUUUGAUUUCGAAUUUUUGUAGUUUUUGGAGUAGUAUUUAAUGCUGCUUUUUAAAAGAAAUAAACUAUUUUA